AUGCUUUGCAGAACAGGCUUCUUCUUCACCAAAAACGCGGUGGUCCUCAACACCUUGGCCCAGUCCAAGGUGUCCAGGCUCUCCAUCGCGCCCAGGGCCAAGUUCUCGCUCUCCCAGAUGUUUUCCAGGAUCACCCGGUCAACUAGGUCGUACUCGACCAUUCCAGCAAAUGCCAACGUCCAGUCGCCUAUUCUCAACAGCGUCAAGGCCAGCACCAUUAGCGUAUCCAAGCCAGGACCCACCGUCAUCUCGCACAAGUACGUCGGCUACUGGUUGCUUGCCACUUCCGGGUUGGUUUUUGGUAUUGUGGUCCUUGGAGGGUUGACCAGACUCACGGAGUCCGGGUUAUCCAUCACCGAGUGGAAACCCAUCACUGGAGCUAUUCCGCCCAUGAACCAGAAGGAAUGGGAGGAAGAAUUUGACAAGUACAAAAGCUCACCCGAAUUUCAACAGUUGAACUCACAUAUCACUUUGGAAGAGUUCAAAUUCAUCUUCAAGAUGGAGUGGGCCCACAGAUUGAUGGGCAGAGCCAUCGGAAUGUUCUUUGUGUUGCCCGCUCUUUACUUCUGGAAGUCUGGCAAAAUGAGUACCCAUGUUUCUAAGCGUGUAUUGGGAUUGACUGGUCUCUUGGGAUUGCAGGGUGCCAUCGGGUGGUGGAUGGUCAAGUCAGGUUUAGAUGAAGAAAGCUUGGCCGAAAGAAAGUCCAAGCCCACUGUCUCCCAAUAUAGAUUGACCACCCAUCUUGCUGCUGCAUUCUUGUUGUACUUGGGUGUUUUAUCCACUGGUUUUGAAAUUUUGACCGAGAACAAAUGGCUCAAGAACGCCAACAAGCCAGAAAUGUUCCAGAAUAUAAUCGAGAAGUUGAACAACCCUGCAUUGAGAAAAAUCGCCCCCUUCCGUUUUGCCUUGUUGGGAUUGGCCUUUGCUACUGCCAUGUCUGGUGGUAUGGUUGCCGGUUUGGAUGCCGGUUUGAUCUACAACACAUUCCCACACAUGGGUGACGAUAUUGUGCCAAGUGUUAACGAGUUGAUGAGUCCCGUGUACGCCAGAAAGGCGGAUCAAUCGGAUUUGUGGUGGAGAAACCUUUUGGAAAACCCAACUACUGUGCAAUUGGUCCACCGUAUUCUUGCAACUACUGUCUUUUUCACAGUGGCCGGUACUUACUUGUUUUGUUCUAGAAACAAGGCUAUGUUCCCUAAAGCCACUCUCAAGAGGGCCCAUGGAAUCAUGGGCUUGGUCACCUUACAGGUAGCCUUGGGAAUCACCACAUUGAUUUACUUGGUGCCUAUUCCUCUCGGUUCUGCCCACCAGGCAGGAGCAUUGGCUCUUUUGACCGGGUGCCUCGCUUUUUCGGCCAGUUUGAGAAAACCUAGACCUGCUGCCGUUAGCUACAUCAACCAAGCCAUGAAAAACCAGUUGCUCAAGAAGAACUGA